AUGGAGCCCUCUGCCCCUAUUAGCGAGAUUAAGGACGCCAGCGCCACUAGCAGCGGGAUGCAUUGUUCAUCCUCGUCGCUGCCGUAUGAGGCUGAUGACCUUCACAAGGGCGGCGCUGAUGCCACACUGACCAGCGAUGAAAAUCCCACCUCAGAAGACAAUAUGCACCAGUCGUACUUGUUGAAUUUGUCGCUCUCGACCCUCAAGGAGGGCCGCUGGGCUGCGUGCAUCUUGUACUGCGACAAGGUACUGCAGCGUGACCCGACAGCUGUGAAGGCUCUCUACAGAAAAGCUCAGUCGCAACAGGAGUUGGGGGACUUUGACGGCGCAUUGGCGACCUUAGAUCGGUAUUUGACCGUAUCCCCAGGAAGCCCGCUGGCCUUGUCGCUGCAGGCGCAGCUACGGCGCCUUAAGGCAGCGCAUGCAGUAAAGGAAAAGAAACUGCUUCAGGGAGUGUUCCGUAUGCUGGAGCACGACCCGCGAUCGGAGGCAGCAGAAUCUCCUGCUGCAGAAGCAGCAGCUGCAGAAAAGAAGGGUUUAACGAAUUCUGUCAAGGACUGGCUUCGUGGGUUCACUUCGAAAAAGCAGUCCACUACGGACUGGCAGCAGUACAGUCGGAAUAUGGUGCAAGACAUUGCCGCCGUGCAAGCUGCCAUGCGAGCUUCCGGUAUGGAUAGUAAUACUUACAACAAUUUUAGCGAAGAGGCCGUGGCGGAAGCUGUGACUGCGCUGUUGGAAAGCAAAGGCAAGGCCGGUAGUGCGGACGUGGCGGAGCUAAAAAAGAUCACCGCCUUUUUGAACAAAUAUCAAGCGAUGAAUGCCGGGCGGGCUUCGUUCAUGGAUAAGCUGAGAUUCCGCCUUGCUCUGAUGUGGUUUGGCAUUCAGCACAUAUGCGAAUCACUCGGCUGCAGCAUGUGCCGUUCCGCCUUGCUCUGA